CCUGAGUGUCUAACCUUUCAGGUGUGGUUCCCAACAAAGGUCAGUUUCCCAUGGCUGUGGGAGGCCAGGAGUUGUUUCAGUGCACUGGUCCGAUGUGCCGCUAUGCUGAAGACCUGGCCCCCAUGUUGAAGGUCAUGGCAGGACCUGGGAUCAAAAGGUUAAAACUAGACACAAAGGUACAUUUAAAAGACUUAAAAUUUUACUGGAUGGAACAUGAUGGAGGCUCAUUUUUAAUGUCCAAAGUGGACCAAGAUCUCAUUUUGGCUCAGAAAAAGGUUGUGGUUCACCUUGAAACUAUUCUAGGAGCCUCAGUUCAACAUGUUAAACUGAAGAAAAUGAAGUACUCUUUUCAGUUGUGGAUCGCAAUGAUGUCAGCAAAGGGACAUGAUGGGAAGGAACCUGUGAAAUUUGUGGAUUUGCUUAGUGACCAUGGGAAACAUGUCAAUCCUCUGUGGGAGUUGAUCAAAUGGUGCCUGGGUCUGUCAGUGUACACCAUCCCUUCCAUUGGGCUGGCUUUGUUGGAAGAAAAGCUCAAAUAUAACAAUGAGAAAUACCAAAAGUUUAAGGCAGUGGAAGAAAGCCUGCGUAAAGAGCUGGUGGAGAUGUUAGGUGAUGAUGGUGUAUUCUUAUAUCCCUCACAUCCCACAGUGGCACCUAAGCAUCAUGUCCCUCUAACACGGCCUUUCAACUUUGCUUACACAGGUGUCUUCAAUGCCCUGGGUUUACCUGUGACCCAGUGCCCACUGGGGCUGAAUGUCAAAGGACUUCCUCUAGGUAUCCAGGUUGUGGCUGGACCCUUUAAUGAUCAUCUGACCCUGGCUGUGGCCCAGUACUUAGAGAAAACUUUUGGGGGCUGGGUCUGCCCAGGAAAGUUUUAGGAGGACCUUCUGCAAGGUUAAUGUCUGUGUCUGUGUGUGUGUGUGGUGGUGAUGGUGGUGGUGUUUCUGUUAAUUGGGUGAAAUCAAGCACCAGCAGGCAAGCAGAAAAACAACUGGGGAAUUUAUUGACUCAUUUAGUUAUUCUUUCUACUUUUAUUUCCUUCUCUAACUGUUGAUCUUACUAAAAUGGUAAUAUUUGCUUCUUGCCUUUAUGUUACUGGAAAAUUAGGACAUGUAAAUGGACAAGCGCAAUAAAGUUUCCUAAAUACUGGAA